GACGGUGGUAGGAAAAAGUGCUAAACGGCCAGACAGAGAUCUCUCCCGUCCCGUUUUCGGUGGUUCAAGUUUGCUGAAAAUAAUUGCAACUGCACGGCCCCGAGUUUAGUUAUUAUGGUGUUUUCGAAGCGAAAGAUGAAGCAGCUGUUCGCGUUCGGUGUGGCCGUAGUUCUCGUGAUCUGUUUGUACAAAUCGUGGGGCAAUCCGACCGGUGAUGGUGGUAAGCUGACUCUGGCAUUGAGUAAUAAAAAUGAAAUCGAACAUGGUGCGGAUCAGCUGAGAUAUGUCCAACAGGGGCACGAGCGGCCGUCGCCAGACGAUCCUCAGAUAGUAGCCUUCAAGAAACAUCCGGAUGUCAAUGAUAACAACGUCGGCGACGCCGAUGGGUACGAUGCGCAGCAUGAAUCCCGCAUGGCGGAGCUGCAUUCGGCCAAGAAGCAGAUUCUGGAGCUCGAGCGAAAGAUUCAGGAGCUGGAAGGGCGGAUACCUCGGAAGUAUCCCGAUGUAACAUUUCUGAACUACAAAAGUAGAAAGCGAAUACUGAUCACCGGCGGAGCCGGUUUCGUAGGCUCUCACCUUCUCGACUAUCUUAUGAUGCAAGGACACGAGCUGAUCGUGGUGGAUAAUUUCUUCACCGGUCGAAAGCGCAAUGUCGAGCACUGGUUGGGUCACGAAAACUUCGAACUCAUCCACCAUGACAUUGUCAAUCCGCUGUUCAUCGAGGUGGACGAGAUAUAUCACCUUGCCAGUCCGGCCAGCCCGCCGCACUACAUGUACAAUCCGGUGAAGACGAUCAAAACCAACACGCUGGGUACGAUCAAUAUGCUCGGGCUGGCCAAACGGGUGGGGGCCAAGGUGCUGAUUGCGAGCACUUCGGAGGUGUACGGCGAUCCGGAUGUGCACCCGCAGCCGGAGACCUACUGGGGUCAUGUGAACCCGAUCGGACCCCGAGCGUGCUAUGAUGAGGGCAAACGUGUCGCCGAAACGCUUAGCUAUGCCUAUGCGAAGCAGGAAAACGUCAACGUUCGUGUGGCACGGAUUUUCAACACUUACGGUCCGCGGAUGCACAUGAACGACGGUCGGGUGGUUUCCAACUUUAUUAUACAGGCAUUGCAAAAUCAGUCAAUUACGAUGUAUGGAAGCGGUAAGCAGACGCGGUCUUUCCAGUACGUUUCUGAUCUGGUAGAUGGUUUGGUUGCACUGAUGGCUUCCAACUACACUCAACCCGUUAAUUUGGGCAAUCCGGUAGAGCGCACAAUCGAGGAGUUUGCGGAGAUCAUCCGGGAUCUAGUGGGAUGUAAGAGUCAGAUCGUUGAGUUGCCCGCAGUGGAGGACGACCCACAGCGGCGGAAACCUGAUAUUUCCAGAGCCAAACACUAUCUCAACUGGGAACCGAGGGUCCCGCUGAAGGAAGGUCUAGAAAAAACUAUCGAAUACUUCCGGAAAGAACUGGCACGUUCGAAUCACUCCCAGCGGAACAUAUUCGUGCCAGAAACGACAGAAAAAGUGUGGCAUUAGCGGUGCGAGUCGCUUGUUCCAUUAAUGCGGUGCUAUGUGCCACCGGGUGGUAAAAAAGCGGUGAUUAACCACCACACCGAUGGAAGCUAACGUAAAAGUGUGCAAUUUCCCGUACUACCCAUUUCCUAUGGCGAUUUGUUCGUUUUUUUUGUUUUCCCAUCAUGAUGUCGCAGUACAAAUUUUCUAACUUCUUAAAGAGUCAUCCUUACUCAAGUGUCACCUACUCGUGGAUCCUAAAUAAGUGUAAAUUUAAACAGCCAACACAACUUAUCGCAUGAACCACUCAAAAGUCGAGCUAGGUUACAGUUCAAAAUUUUAUUAUUGUUAUCUUUUUAGAAUAAUUUUAUCUGCAUUUAGCUGUACGGAACCCGUUUUGUGGAUGUUUCUUUGGUCUAGUCUGUUUCAAUUUCAUGCUGUCUGUUUUUUUGUGUGUGCGAGAGUUAGAAACUACUUAUUUUCUGUUUGUAGGGUUGUAAAUAAAGGCGAAGAU